UGUUUAAAAGGGCAGCUCCUUCCUCAUCUGUUCAACAAGCGAAGUGAAACCCUCUUUUCGUUUUCGUUCUCGUUCUGGUUCGGAAUCUCUUCCCCACCAAAGAGUAACAAACUACGAAAAUGGCCACUGACUACGUACCCAACUCCGACCGUGUCGACAACUUCUUCAACGAGCUCGAGACCCGCAAAUCUCUCCUCACAACCAUCACUCAACUCAACAAAACCCUAACCGACCACUUCGCUUCCUUAGACAACUCCCUUUCCUCCAAGUCCCAAACCCUAGACUCCCAAAUCGAGGCCUUCGAAGCCCAGAUCAAGAAAACCCUCGAGUCUUUCGAAAAUCGCGAGAACGCCAUCCCAGAGCGGGAGUCCACCGCUGCCGCCCGCGUCGAGGAGCAGAAGGACGCGGCAAUUGCGGAUAUUGAGGAGGCAGCGGCCGCAGCGUCAGAGAACAGAAACGGAGGAGGAGAGAGAAGUUUGUCGGGGUUUUUGAGGACCUGUUGUCGGAGGAUGGAUUCCAAGGGGUUAAUUAGGUUUUUAUUGGCCAAGAGGAAGGAGUCGGUGGUGCUUAGGGCGGAUAUCGCAGCUGCAGUGGUGGAAGAGUGUGUGGACGUGAUGAGUUUUGUUCUUGAUGCUUUGGAGGAGUUUGUGGAGAUGAAGGUGGAGGGGAAGGUUGGGAUGGCAGAUAGGCGGUGGGCGGUUGGGAUAUUGAUUCAGGCAGUGUUGCCUGUGGUGGACGGCGGAGGCGUGGCAAAUAGCGUGAGGGAGAGGGCUGCCGGGGUGGUGGAGAAGUGGAAAGGAGCAAUGAGCGGUGGAGGGGAGAGUGGUGGUGGGGUUGGGGCGGGUGAGGCGGCGAUGUUUUUGCAAGCGGUUGCUGGUUUUGGAUUGAAGGACAAGUUUGAGGAGGAUUAUUUGAUGAAGUUGGUGCUGGAACAUGCCACGAGGAGAGAUAUGGCAAAGGUCGCAUUGGCUUUGGGAUUUGGGGACAAAAUCAAAGAUAUCAUCGAUGAGUUGGUGAAGAACGGGAAGGAGAUUGAGGCUGUAUAUUUUGUUUACGAAGCUGGCUUGACAGAGCAGUUUCCUCCACUUCCUUUGCUAAAGACGUAUCUUUCUAAUUCCAGGAAAAUUGCCAAUAACAUAUCUAAGAAGGGAAAAUACAGCAUGUCUGCUGUGGAAGAGGCCAACAAUUCAGAGUUAAAUGCCACAAAGGCCAUCAUAAAAUGUGUGGAAGACCACAAACUUGAAUCGCAGUUCACCUUGGGAAGCCUUAAGAGUCGAGUAACGCAGCUGGAGAAGGCCAAGUCAGAAAAGAAGAAGAGUGGACCAUCAGGGGGGAAGCCCUCUAACAAGCGGGCACACGGCAGUGGUGGCAGCAGGGGUGGGCUAGGCGGUGGCCCACCGCCCUCUCACCGCCCGCCUAAAGCCGGAAGAUUUUCUAACGCUUCCCCUUCUUUCCGCCACCGGAACCCUUCACAGUCACAUCAAGCUGCUGCGGCUGGUAGGUAUGCCGCACCAUACAGCUACCCCAGCCAUAGCAUGUACGAGGGACCUGCUACGGCAUCGUAUGGACGAGGAUACGGUGGGGGCCGCACCCAAAACCCUGCUGCUGCUGCGCUUUCUCAACAGUAUCCCUAUGCCCCUCAGGACAUCGGAGCCUCAGGGGCUCGAGUGGGUGGGUCAUAUGGAGGACAGGGGUCAUAUGGAGGACAGGCGAGUUAUGGUGGUGCUUAUGAUUAUAGUGCUGCAACUGGACCUGCCUACCCUAAUUACCCCCAGUAGAGUGUUGGUACGGAUCAGGAUGAUGAAAGAUUGGGCUUCUCUGCCCAUAUUUUUGUAGUUUACUAUUUCAAAAGCUUGAAGAUGCGGAUUCAUAUGAGGCCAUCUUUUUUCAGUUUUGUAGCAGCGAUUAGUCAAACACCAUCCCCGUUUAGAAGACAGUUCUCUAAAACAAUAAUUGUAUUAGUUUAAUUAUGUUGUCUGGAUGAAACGUUUUGCUGGAUAUCUCUGUUUGCUUCGAUUGGAACUCGGGCCUUUGGGUUUUCGGCCUGAAUUUUGUAACUAGCAUAGCUUUUUGUGGUCACUCCUCAGUUGAAUGAGCAAUGCUAUGGUAACCAUGUCUCAUUACCACAUUUUGGGUACCA